UAUUGUGUUUUUCCUUCCCCAACAUAUUUAAUUAAUUAAUAUAUUAUUUUAGUUUUCAAAGAUCGUUAUAAAUGUGACACUCUCAGUGUCAAACUCGUUUUCUCUAUGUUAUGCCAACUAUGAUGUUCAACAUGUUUGCGGCUCAUCAGCCUCGGUUUAUGGUCAUUGUAAUUCUGUCCAUCGAGAUCAUCACCUCGAGAUGCAGUUCCACCACGCAAGAGCUUCACACCGGCUUCUCGGCCACACCGGACUCUUCAACGGCGUCGUUUCAGGCAGUUCUCAAUGACUCCAGUGGAAACUUUUCUCUGGGCUUCCUCCGCGUGAACCAAAACCAGCUGUCACUAGCCAUCCUUCACGUCCCAUCCUCGGAGCCUUUCUGGGUGGCCAACCCAACCCGCGCAGCUUCCUGGUCCGACAACACGCGCCUCUUCUUCAACGGUAGUCUCGUGCUGUCGGACUCCGAAACGCGCGUUUCGUGGUCAACCGCCACAAACGGAGACCGUGUGGUGCUCCUCAACACCUCCAACUUGCAGGUCCAAACCCAAGGUAUUCCCCUCUGGGAGAGUUUUGACUUUCCAACAAAUACCAUCGUCCAGGGCCAGAAUUUCACUUCCAAAAUGUCUUUGUUAUCCUCCAACGGAUUAUAUUCGUUGCGGUUAGGCAGCGAUUUCAUGGGACUAUACGAAGGAAACGGGGAUUUAUACUGGAAACGCACAGUACUUGAGACGAAAGCGGAGGUGCAGGAAGGUAAGGGGCCGAUUUACGCCCGAGUCAACCCGGAGGGUUACCUCGGGAUGUAUCAGACAAACGACGAGAAACCCGCGGAUGUUCAAAAGUUCAACAGCUUUCAACAGGCUGUCACAGCGGCGUCGUUUUUGUUCGUGCGGAUGGAAUCGGACGGGAAUUUGAAAGGUUAUUACUGGGACGGUUCCGAGUGGCUAAUUAACUACCAGGCUAUUUCUGAGACCUGCGAACUCCCCCGCUCCUGCGGUUCCUACGGUUUGUGCACGCCCGGCGUGUCUGGAUGCUCCUGCUUAGAUAACCAGACCCGGUUCGAAGCGGGUGGGUGUUUCAACGAUGUUGGUGGAGAGUUGUGUGGGGAAGAAGGGAUUGGUGGGAAGAGAAACGGUUACUGGGUGCUGAGAAAGACCGGCGUGGAGCCACCGCAUAAGGAACUCCUUAGCCACGUGACGAAGUCGUCUUUGGCGGAAUGCGAGGAGUUCUGCGAGAAGAACUGUAGCUGUUGGGGAGCGCUGUAUAACAACGGCACCGGGUUUUGCUACAUGUUGGAUAGUCCAAUCGGAACAUUGUUGGGUAGCGGAGAUGCGACAAAAGUGGGGUAUUUCAAAGUUAAAAAAGGAGAACGAGAAAAUAAACGGGUUUGGGUACGGGUCGGAAUUGUGAUUACGGUUUUGGUAAUGGUUGGGAUUAUUAUUGUUGGUACGGGGCUUUGUGUGAGACGAUGGAAAAGGAGAAGAGGAGUGAAGGAAGAGGAUUGGGCCUCGCCCGGCCCGUAUAAAAAUCUUGGAUCUGCGAGUUUUAGAUCCAUCGAAAUGAGCAAUAGAUAAUAGAGAGUGACGGAAGGGGUGACGCAUUGGUGUGGGUUGACAUUGGUGGGGUCCAUCUAAUCUAAUAUUAUUUUGUACAUGGCA